UAUUCUCGCUUCCCUGGCCUAUGGAAUUUUAAGCUUUACAGCCGCCUUAGUUCCAACGGACUACAAGUAGUACUUAUCCAGCUAUGGACCUGUGGCUGGUGGAGACUCUGGAGUUGACAUAAAAUCCGUGGAAGCCAUGGAGAUAACGUCCCCAAAAUCAUAGAGAACACCUCUCUUAUCCCCAUGCUUAGUGCUUAGUGCUUAGCGCUUCUUUUCUAGCUUGUUAUGCAUGAUCAAGGAAUAGUAGGAAUAUGUGCGGACGUACGUAAGCAGCCAUGAAGGAGGUUGUUGGGGGCACCAAAGGAAGAUGUCAAUGAGUGGUCAGUAAUGCGACAAUGAAGAAGUAUAUAAAUGCAUUCCUCCCAGUCCAAACAUCCUCGACAUAGCAGAUCCACAUCAUACAAAUUCCCACUUCGCAAAACCCAAAUUCACAAAUACUUGAUCACCACAAUUUCAACUUCACACAAUGUCUCUUACCGGAAAAGUCGCACUUGUGACUGGUGGAUCAAAAGGGAUCGGCCGCUCAAUAUCUCUUCAUCUUGCCUCUCUCGGCGCAAAAGUCAUAGUCAACUAUUCAAGCGACGCCUCAUCCGCCGAAUCAACAGUGAAAGAAAUCGGCUCAAAUGCCGUCGCCGUCAAAGCCGAUGUUGGCAACGUCUCGGAAAUCACAACCUUAGUCGAUGAGUCAGUCAAGCAUUUUGGAAAGCUGGAUAUCCUGAUCGCAUGUGCUGGUAUCAUGCCCUUGAACGAGCUAGAGAAUAUCUCCGAGAGCGAGUUUGAUCGGAUCUUCAAUUUGAAUGUGAAGGGACCAUUGUUCCUCUCUCAGAAAGCAGCACCACACAUGACCGCCGGUGGUCGAAUCAUCCUCUUCAGCACUACCCUCUGCGCCGCCUCAACCGUCACGCCCAAUUACCUCGCGUACGUCUCAUCCAAAGGCGCAAUCGAGCAGAUGACGCGGGUCAUGUCUAAAGAUCUCGCUCGUAAAGGUAUCAUGGUCAAUGCAGUUGCACCUGGCCCUACUGGGACGGAUCUCUUCAUGAAAGGCAAGCCGGAGAAUCUUUUGAAGAUGAUUGCUGGGUUUAAUCCCCAGAAUCGGAUUGGUAAGCCGGAUGAGAUUGCGGAGGUGGUGGGAUUCUUGAGUGGUGAGGGGGCGAGGUGGAUUACUGGGCAGACGGUGAGGGUUAAUGGGGGGAUGGCGUAG